AUGCGUGCGUGCAGAUCCUGCGAAGGUCCUCCCAUGUUCCUGCAAACGGGAGGGGGUGGGAAGGGAACAAGGCCACAGUCAACACACCAUCAGAACCACAACCACCACCAGACGGCGCAUUCGCACCACCAUCACCUUCAGCAGCAGCAGCAGCAACAGACAAGGAACACACUGUUGCAUCAUCCGACACCGCAGCAGCAGCAACAGCAGACGCAGAUUGUCCAACAGGAUCCGCAGCAGGUCCACGCCCUGUACGUGACCAAUCACAGCAACCUUCAUCCGCAUCAGCAGCAGCAGCUGCUGCAACAUCACCAACAACAGCAACAACAGCAGCAACAGCAGCAAGUGGCGGCGCAACAUCUUCACCAACAACAACAGCCGGUGCUCUACUAUCCCCCUAAUCGAUUCGUCGCCCACCCGUCUGGCAACAACAAUGCCAGCAUUGGCGGCGGCGCUGGACCCCAAUUGAGCGCCGCCGCCAGCAAUUCUGCUCUUUCUCUGGUGCAACAUACGCACGUCGGCCAUGGCGGGCAUGGAAAUGGAGUGCUAUCGUCCUCCAAUAGCAACACCAGCCUGUCCCGGGCCCUAAACAAUACGGGCAUGCCGCCACACUUUUCGCAGUCAGCUGGACUGAUCUCAACCCCCGGCGGCAAUGGAAGUGGAUCCGCACCGGCAGCCUAUCUGACCACCUCCUUCAUACCAUUGAAUCCAGCCGCACAGCUGAUUGGCAUGCAGCCCACGGUGCAAUUCCAGAACGGAGCUGGCGGCGCCCAAGCUGCCGCCUUUUAUACGGCAGCCGCACAGUCACAUCAGAAGCAGCUGCAGACGGCAGCCCAGCAACAGCAGCUGAACACUGGCCCAGCAGCUGGCCAGAUUCAGUACUACCAGGUCCCCAGCAAUGUGAACAGCGGAAGCAACUCUCACAGGGGCCCACGCCAGCGCUCGGCGACGCCGCAGCAUCAGAACUAUUAUACGGUGGUAGCACCCGGUACACCGCGUUCCCCUAUGGUAGGCCAAACAGCGCCAGGAUCUGUGGCGCCUAUGAUGGCCGCUCGCAACGGUGGACUCAACGGGCCAUCUGCAUAUCAUAUACAGCCGAACUUUAUUCCGGGCUUAGCCCUGGGACCUCCCACUGGGAUGAAUGCAGCGCAAAUUCUGACAGUGCCACCCACAACCACAACGCCAGGCGUUGGCGCUGGUCUGCACGCAUAUAAUCCACACAUACAGCCGACCAGCAAUGCUCCGCCAGCAUUGGCAGUGGCCAAUGUGCCUGGAGGAGUUCCACCUGGUGUGGGUGUGAGUGUGGGGGGUGUGGCUAGUGCAGUGCAGAGCGGAGUAACUGGAGUACCCGCCGUUGCCGGGGGAGGCUUCACCACCGGCUCCCCUUUGGUUGCACCGCAAGCGGCAGCUGUAGCAGUUGGCCAACCGUUGACCAUUGUCCCGGAGAAGGUUCGAGAGCGCCGUCAUGCUAUACCGAUCAUACAUCCGGAUACCUAUGAGGUGCUUGAUACGAGCAGCUCGGUGUUUGUUAAAAAGGAAUCGAGUCCAGACACAUCGCAGGACAAUGAAACGUUGGACCAGUACCAGGUUCUAUCUCCCAUUCUAAUGGCGGUUGAUUCUUCAUCAAACUCUCAGCUGCCGCCUGAGUUGGAUGAUGGCACUGGAAUGAUGGUGGUUGAGCCCUCGCCCGACAAAAUUGGUGGUCUAGUCUUUGUGAAUCUAGAUGGGGAUCAGGACGGCAACUCGCCCGUCUCAAUGCCGCCCUGUACAACGGAUAAGGAUCAGAUAAGCACCAUUGUCAAGGAUAUACUGGCCAAUGCGAGCCAUGUAACCGACGAUCAUCUCAGUUUCUGGCAGUCAAGCGAUGUGGAUAAUGUACCGGCGACCCAUGACAGUAAGGAGUCAAAUUCUUCGCAAAGUGUAAAGGAACGAGAAGAAGAGCAGCCGCCACAGCAGCAGCAUAACCAGCAGCAGCGUCCCAAGUCGGCCAACAAACAAAGUACCGCCACGCCCGCAUCUAUAGCGAAUGACGUGGCCGAAGCAGCCGCCAGUGGUAAAUCGCGAGUCACCAUUCUGUACAGAAACGAAUCGAUGCUGGAGACACAGGAGCAGCAACAGCUGACAGCACAGAAGAACACGAAAUCCAUUGCCACCACCGCAGUUCCAAUUCCAACUGCAGCUUCGGUCGAGCCUUUGAUUUCAACCAGCGAAAAACCAGCAAAUGUACCGCGGCCGUUGCUGCAGCGCAUAUCGUCGAGCACAACAACUUCAGGAACAUCCUCAUCGGCCGCCUCCACGCCCACCCAUCAGCCUAAACAGACGCAACAACAGAGGAAGCAGCAGCAGCAACAGCAGCCUAAGCAGCAUAACCAAGCUGGAGGAAGAUCUGGCCCAGUGGCUUACACACAGCCACUGACUCGCAUGUCGCCAGCUUUGGCACUGCUUACCGGCGCCAUAAUCAUCAACCCAACUAGCAAAAAGCAUCGGAAGGCUGUAAAACGGGCAAAAGAAAUCGAAAAGAAAAAAGUGAACAAACCAACAUCUACCACAAGCUACAACAGCGACCAGAGUCAAGGCAGCAGCGUCAUCCACAGCCCCAGUGGUAGCUUGCAAGCAUCAGAAACAGCUACAAAUACCAGCAAUAACUCUGCUGCUUCUGACAUCACUUUGACAGAAGAAACAGCAGCAGCAGCUGCAGGAGGAAUCCUGCUAGCAGACACAUCCAAAGGGGAGGCAGAGGCUGCAGCAGGAGCAAUUGUUGAAGAGAAGGCGCAACCGACGACUGAUAAGCUUAGUGCAUCAUCUAGCAGUAAUUCUAGCGUAAGUUCUAGUCUAAGUGACAAACCACAAAACGUGCAACCCAAAGAGGAGCCGCCACCGAUUGGCCAAAACAACAACAACAAUGACGAUAAUAAUGAAGUCAUAGGAAAUGAAAAACCGGAGGAAAAGCAACACAUACCAAUCGAUGAAAUCGUAUCGAAAUUCUUGCAAACAAAUAGCCCCAACAAAAACACUGAGGAUACCCCGGAGGGGGAGACGCCUCCACAACUACAGUUCCUCAACAGCAGCGGUUCGACGUGCGGAGAGGAGGAGAGCAGCCAAUCUAUGGUGCAGUGCAGUGUGGAGCAAUCGAAGAGUGAGGAGAGUGUCGCCGUUGCUGAUCUGAAGUUUGGAGACUUUAAUGACGAUUCUCGCGAGAUCGAGACCACCAGCAGUAGUUUCAUCUGCAGCUCCACUUGGUCCAGUUCGACGGUAACGGAGUCUACCGAGGAUCCACGCGAUGAGCUUUCAUCGCACAGCAGCCACAUAUCGGUGCCGAGCGUAGACACAGCCGUCGCCGCCGCGGUGGUUGCCAUCACGGAGAGUAGCAGCAGUACCACCACCAGCACCGACUACGUGGACUGCGCUCCCAAACAGAGUACGACUACGACUGAUAUAUCGACAGCGUUAAGCAGCAGCGGCAGCAGCGCUGGUCGCAACUCCAGCAGCACGUCGAGCAGCAAGAAAAGCUCUCCCGUACACAAUAGACGCAAACAUGCUGAUUCGCCAAAGCCCAGAGGAGGAGGCAAGAAACAACAACAAGAGGAAUUACCGCCUGUGACGGCCACAACUGCAGUGAAACUUAUCCGAUACAGCAUAGACGAAUUGCGCAAGCUAUGCGAGCUGCCCGUGUCUCAAAAGCCACCGUUGGUGCCCUGCCAGAAGGGUGACUGCAUCUCGCAGCUGUUUGUGUCCCGCAUGAUCAUACAUCCGCACCAUAACCACCAGCAGCAGCAGCAUCUUCCGCAGUUUCAGCACAUGAACUUCAACGAAUCGAUGGACUUUGUGCCGGGCAAGCGCGGGCGCGGUCAUGGCGGCUCGAAUAAGAAGCAUCACGAUGGCGGCCACCAGCAGUUGGCCUCUGGAUCGGGCAACAUGGGUGCUGCGAGCAGCAGCAGCGGAGGCAGUUCGAGCUCCAAUCAACGCCACAUGGACAUUAUACGCGUGCAGCUGUCGCUUAAAGAGGAGAUCAAGCUGUCUGAGUGCGAGAAUGCGUGGCAGCCGGAGCCUUUGCGUCGUAAGGCACCCGCGGCAGUGAGUGGUGGUGCCAGUGCCAGUGCUAGUGCCAGUGCCAGUGCCGGUGGCUCAGAGGAUGAUGGCGACAUUGAUGGUGUCCUAAAGAAGGUGCGCGGCAUACUGAACAAGCUAACGCCGGAUAACUUUGAUGUUCUGCUCAAGGAGAUGUCCAGCAUCAAAAUGGAUACCGAGAGCAAAAUGACAAAUGUGAUGCUGCUGAUCUUUGAGAAGACCAUCAGUGAGCCAAAUUUCGCACCCACAUAUGCGCGAUUCUGCAAAGUUUUGUUCCACGAGAUCAAGGCCGAGAACAAGUCGCUAUUCACGUCUUCGUUGAUAACUCGCAUUCAGCACGAGUUCGAGUCAAAUGUGAACGAUGCAAAUGCCAAGACAAAGAAACUGCAGCCUACACUGGAUAAAAUGAAUCAGAGCACAGAUGCCACACGAAAGGCGGAGCUGCGUGCAGAGAUGGAGGAUCUGGAGUAUCAGUUCCGGCGUCGCGCCUGGGGUACUGUACGCUUUAUUGGAGAGCUCUACAAGCUGCAGUCUCUGACCAGCGACCGUGUGCUGCACUGCGUGGAGUCGCUGCUGGAGCACGGCUGCGAGGAGAAGCUCGAGUACAUGUGCAAGCUGCUGACAACAGUGGGACACCUGCUGGAGAGCACCCUACCCGACCAGUACCAGCUGAGGGAUCGCAACGAGAAGAUAUUCCGGCGCAUUCAGGACAUUGUGAAUCGCUCACGUGGCACGGCGCAUCGCCAGCCACAGUUCAAGAUCAGCAGCCGCGUGCGUUUCAUGAUGCAAGAUGUGCUGGAUCUUCGCGGGCGGAACUGGGAUCAGCCUGUGACGCCGCAGCAACUGAGCGGCCGUCAGCGGCACAAGCAGCAGCAGCAGCACGACGACUCCAAGGAUCAACAGCAGCAGCAUGGGGGACGAGGCAACUCGGGCUCACAGGCGGGCAACUUUCAGCAGCAUAAACAGCAUCAGCACAGCGGGGGCCAUGGCCACGACAGCAGCAACUACUUUCUGCAAAAGAUGCCCAACAAACAGCAACAGGACAACCAAGCCCUCAGCAUAGAUCUCAAUAAGCUGCGCUUCAACACCAGCAACGCAAACGAUGACUCGAGCGCCAAGUUGGGCAAUCCGUCGCACUAUCAGUGGCGCAAUCGUCCGGGGAGUGGCACCUCAUCGGGUGGACCACCCACCAGCCUUUUGAAGCGCGCAACCUCCGGGGGACAUAACAUUACGUACGCGCCUUAUCAGCAACAGCAGUCGCAGCCAUCGUCGGCUGGCGCUGCCCCACAACCAGCGAGCAGCAAUAGAAAUAGCAGCCAGGAACGGUCACAAAACCACGCACACUUGGAUGCGAAACAGUGCCAGGAGCUGAUUUCUAAACUAGUGGAUGAGGCCAUCAACGAACGCAACUGGCAGCCAGAAGUGCUGAAAAUGUGGCGGUCGCAUCAGUCGAAACACCAUUCUGCCGUGCUGCAUUACCUGCUCGGAAACUACUUGCACCAAGGGACAGUGAGGCAGCAGCAGAGGCUGGCCUGUGCUAAUGUCUUUGCCUUCCUGAUGACUAAGGACGCUGUGGACAAGGCGACGUUUGCUCAUGCAUAUGCGCAAUUUGGCGAAGGUCUGCCAGAACUGCUGGUGGAUGUGCCCAAAUGCAUGGGAUAUUUGUUCGAAUUUGUGGGCCCCAUCAUGCAUGCGGGUCGUCUGAACCUCAAGGAUGUCUGGCAGCGGCGUUGGCAGGACAAUUUCGAAGUCACACAGUGCUUUGUGUUUGCCUUCGUUAACUAUUUUGUGCGUGAAUUCGGUGCUGGCUACAUACGAAAGCUUUGGCAUAGCGAUCUCAAGCUGGAUCGCGGCCAGAUGUUCUGGGGCGACUGUCGCAAGCAUCGCGAUUUUGUCAAGUCGAACAAAUUCUUCUUCCUGGAGCCCAGCCAGGGUCAGACUGGUGGAGGCCAGCGAGUGAAGCUCACGCCGCUGCAGCGUUCCCCGGAGGAUCAUGUGGUGCGAAUCAGAUAUCUGCUGGGACAGUCCGGCGACAUGGCCAUGGAUUAUAUCAACACCAAUGUGGGCAUCACUGUCGACUUUGUGAGGGAGCUCACUCGAUUUCUAUGCUGUGAUAUCGCACUAACUGUGAUUGCAACAACCAACAACAACAAGGCACCCGGCAAGGGCGGCUCGCAGAACAGCUCAACAUCGCUUCAGUUAAACGCCGAGUGCUUCAGGAACCGAUGCACGCCCCUGUUGCGGCUAUGCAUCGAUGCAAAGGAGCCGCUGGAUAUCGCCUGCAUCGAUGCGACAGUUAACUCACUGCAGGAGCACUUCAUGACCGAACUGGAGGACGAGAUGGCCGCCUGUGAGACCAUCUGUAAUGCAUUCAGCGUGCUGUACGACUCCGAGGUGAUACCCAAGGAGUCCUUCGAAAAGUGGUACAAGCUGGAGGUCGAACACUCAUCCAGAAACCGAAGGCCCUUCAUUGACAAGCUGCGCAGCUUCAUCGAAGAUCUUUAGAUAAAACACCAAAGAGAACAAACAGCAAAUAUACGUACAGCAUACGUACCAAGAACAAAGACGAUUCAACACAAAAACACCACAUUUUCAGAUAAAACAUUUAACAAUCUAUAAUGACAUGGGGGAUUCCCAAACCAUUCGACAACGAAUGAUAAUUUGACCUAAUCGAAUCGAAUCAAAUGUAUUGGUUUUUAAACACACAACCGAAACAACAGAACAACAGCAUCGACUGGCAACAGAAAAGCCAGCCAUUGAUUUUCAUUUGUAUCACAAUACGUUCCUUAAAUGAGAUGCUAAGACGCUUUUCUUCGAACCCACACAAACCCGUAUCGAAAAUCAAAUAAAUAAUAAAUAAAAAGUAAUGGAAAAGAAAAUUAAACAAAAAUGAAAUGGUCCCAGAAUCUCCCAUUGAAGAGUUCAAGUCCAGUUCAGUGAAAGGCAGGGUAAAUGAAACAUUAACUGAUUUACAUAUACAUACAUAUAUUUGACAUAUAUAUAGGAUAUAGGAUAUCUACGGAUCUUUUCGUUUUCGUAAACCACAGUAUUUCGUUGAUUAUUACAAAAACAAAAAACAAAACUUGUGUUUCCGCUUAGGGAAGAACACCGAAAGGUUCUUCCUAAGCCAUCUCUAUCGUUUAAAGCCUUUGCAUAUGCGUCUUUCUAGACCUUAAUCGAAACGUUUUGUUCAGUUUUUACCUUUCAGUACAAAGCUUUAUGAAUUUGCAUUGUUUUUGUUUUAUUUGAUUUAUUAUUAUAAUUAUAAAAAACUAUUACCUACUUUUAAUUAUUGUGAUUUCUACGAAAACGGCUCAAAAUGAAACUGAAACCGAUAAAUUAACCUUCUCCUUACAACAAAUCUCACCCUAACACUUUCUCAUCUCAAAUAACAGAUAUGUAUUUAAAACCUCAAAUCCUGAGGGGUCUCCCUACUGUUCGAAGAAAAAAACUUCACGUAUAUUAAAAAAAAA